UUGAAUGGACCAUUUCAAGCGGAGACGGACAAGUCCAUGGACCGCGUCUUUACGCGUCAUGUCACAUUUUGUCACAAAGUAGGGACCUGUCACGUUAUGCCGAUCGGCACGAAAACCCACCAAGUCGAGCGAUGUCACCGACUAUCACCACGCUCGUCUAGAUCUGAGGCUUUGACCUAAGCGACUGGAUGAUCUUGAAGUUGCUCGUAACCACAUUUGUGUCUCUAAAUUCGAAUUCAAACUACAUACUAUUUGUGGUCCACUAAAACAAACAUAUGCUGUGGUAGCGUGGCUGAUCUUUGGCUUUUUUGUCCUAACAAAAGCGUCUUCGAUUUAUAACCGCUGGAAUACUGCUCUGCCACCUCAAAAUAUCUGUCCUACCCGGGUCUCUCAUCAUCAUGACUACUCAACAAGCCAACCUCACGGACCGUAGCAAACUUCGCAUGGAGCGGCUCAGGCUCGAAGAGCUAGAGCAGCAACGCUGGGAGCAAGAGGCACUUGUAAUGCCUGAAGCGCUCAAUCAAGCUCUCCUAAUGUCGUUUGCCUCGGUUAAGACUGAAUUCAGUGACCUUGAUGGACUCUCAUGGUCACGCUACCCUGUUCCUAUAGUUCCUAAUCCAUGGGCGAUAGACGAACCACCCCCCACUCCAACACCGGAUUAUCCCGAGUUUAGCGAAUUCCCUGACGAGCCAGAAUACUCUCAACGGUCACAAACCCCCUCACCUUACACUAUUUCAUCUCUCACUGGGCUGACCUCUUUCGCACCUGGAGAAACCAUUCGCGCAGCCCGAGCCCCAAAUAAAUCGUCUCGGUCUCCCUUGUUGCCUACAAACCAGUUCACUCCGGAUUCGAACAUUUCAAGAUGCUCUGAUCACAGAAGACUCUCGUCUUCACCGGCCACAAUCUAUCACAUGUCACCAAAUUCACCAAGCGAUGCUCGCUAUCCACUCCGCCAGCUACCUUCAUUCGACACAUCUAUACAACCCCGAAUAUCCAUUCCCUCAAAACGCCGCAAAUCUAAUUCACAACAACUUACAUAACAUCAUAUUCAUGAUCGCAUCCCCUCGUCUAUAACGUUAACAGAAAUGCUUUGUAUCAAUACUACCAGUGUAGCUGUAAGCUUAGAGUUUCGAUGGACUGCCUUGGAUAUUAUCACAUCGUUUUGCGGGAUCAUCGAAAUGCUGAAUGGAGAAGGGAAUUCGAAGUUCUGAUUGACGUUAUAUGUUAAUAUAUCAUGCCUUGAGGCCUUUCGGAUCAUAAUAUCGAUGACACGCUGCCCUCUCGGUCCAUCAGCGGUCUGGAGAUUUGUAGUGUAAGGCAACGUCUACCUCGAAAUACCGGACUACAUUGUGAUACUAUAGAUAUGAUUCAAUUCAAAUUUCGAAAACGCACCCGUCUUUAUUCCCCACACGUUCA